AUGUCUGGCGGAGAUUAUCGCAUGUACACGUUAAAUUCUCCCAUUUUCGGACUGGAUGAGGACUUAAACAAUUUUUUAAAUGAUUUUAUUAAAAUUGGUAGUCCGAGAUUUUCAGACUUCUCUGAAUUAUGGAAGAAGAAGAAAUUCAUUGAAUUAAUCUAUGGCCGUCAAACUCAGGCCUCUCUUCGAGAUAUACUUGAGGGAAUUUUCUUCUCCCUUGUAAAUAAUUUCAAUGUUUCUUCUGAAUUUUUGCGGAAAAUCGGAUCGCUCUAUCUAAUCUACGCAUUCUACGGAAAACAGCCCAUUGUCAAACAGGCACGUGUCAAUGUUACGCCAACAAUUUGGCGAUCUCUUUUGGAGUUCAUUAAAAAUAUUGCUUCGGACAAUCAAUGGGACGCUUAUUAUAUCUUCCAUCGUCUGUGCUCUCAGAGCGCAUUCCGGUUUGUCGCCAGCCAAGAGGAGCUCUACCCAGGUGUUCCACUUUGGACCAGAUCCAACAUAUCUUUGCCAGUUCGCCGAACAUUCCUCACUAAGUCGCAGCGCAGGUUUCUCUCCGCUUCAAAUAAAAGAAAUAAUGAGCCACAGAAUGAGGGCGACAUCGUACCAAAUGAGGUCUUUGAUCUUCCUGAGUACUUGAAAACCAAUUGGAAUUCCAUUUACAGAUCUGUUAACGAGUAUAUUGCAGCCAAGGAGCGGAUUGGCUAUUCACCUGGACUCUCAAGUCCCGAAGAUGAUCCGUUUAUUGAUGCAUCUGAGGAUAAUACUUUGUGGAGUUUGAAUCUUGUCAAUUAUAAAGAUUCAAUUGCUCCCAUUGCGGAUUUGAUAAGAAAAUUUUCUGGUGGAGUUUUUCUCGAUGGGGAGCCCAAUACUGAUUCGGAGGAGGAUCGACAAGAAGCGGAAGAAGAUAUUGGCGCUAAAAGGAGGCGACUUCGAAAUCGAAAGGAUUGGUGUUCAGCAGUUCAGAGAUGA